AUGUGGGAUCCGCGCGGAGCAGCUGCCAAGUUUCACACCGCUUCCAGCUCCAUAAAAUCCGUCGCUUCUGGGGCUCCUGGUCCUGCUUCUCCUUCCGAGAGCGCAGCCGGCCUGAAAACAAAAGAGAAAGGACAUGUGCUACCCGCCGGGAGAGGAGGGGGAAAGAAAGAGACGCGCAACCUGGCGUUUGUUUUCACUUUCAGCCCGGGCGCUUCUGGGAGCGGGAGGACGGGAGCAGGGGCGCAGAAUCAGCCCCGCGGGGGCCGAACUGGAGCCGCCGGGCCCUCUCUUACCGUCGGGCUCCCGGUUCCUGCCCUCGCAGCGCCCGCACUUCAAUCUCCCGCGGCGGCCGCGUCGCUCCCCGAUGAUGUGGCCACUGCCAGCGCCGUCCUCGCUCUCGCCCUCCCGUGCCGCCGCCUCUCAUCACUCCUCCGCCGCGCCGCUUCCCCCCCUCCGCCCGCCGUUGGUUCGUCCCGCCGGCCACACCUGUGCGGGAGACUGAGGGCCGUACCAUUUGCCGCACGGGGGAGGAAAGGAGGCGCCGCGGAGGACGCCCGAGCGCUGGAGAAGGGAGCGGCGUUUCGCGCUGGGUUGUACCUUCGGGCCCCGUCCUUGGGUGACUUUACAGAGCCCGGUGGCGCCGAGGCGAGCGACAGUCGCCUCGUGUGUGUCCCCCGUAGGGGACAAGCAAUGCUGAGGAGGAGGAGUGAUGGAGUGGCUUGGUGGGGACCUGGUGUCCAGCCAGGGUCAACCCGCCACAAGACUGUUAAAUAGGAAGAGUCCCA